AUGAAAGCCUUUUCAAUAGUUUCUCGUGAUGGCCUUUCACUUGCUUGUUAUCAUUGGAUGGCUAAAAAUGCCAACUCACCAAAAGCUUUAUUAAUUCUUAUACAUGGUAUUGCUGAACAUAGUGGUCGGUAUGAAUAUUUAAUUGAAUUUUAUAAUAAAAAUAAUUUUGCAAUUAUUGCAAUGGAUCUUCGUGGUCAUGGUCAAAGUGCUGGACAGCAUGGAUUUAUUCCAAGUGUUGAAGCAAUCUUUGAGGAUUUGGAUUUAUUAAUAAAUGAAGCAAAACGAAUAUAUCCAUACUGUCCAGCUGUGCUUUAUGGACAUUCUAUGGGUGGAAAUUUAGUAUUAUCUUAUACGCUUGAUCGAUAUCCAAAUAAAAAAGAUCAAUGUCCAUAUCAAGCAUUAAUAGCUUCAAGUCCUUGGAUUCGUCUUGCACGACCACUUCAACCUCCACGUCCUAUUUACUCAUUAAUGUUAGCAGCUUGUCGAAUUCGUCCUUCUACGAAUGUUCCACUUCACUUUGAUCCACAUAAAAUUACGCGUGAUGAAGAUAUUGUUGAUUCGUAUUAUAACGAUCAUACUAUACGUCGAACAGCAACAUUAUCACUUGCUCGUAAUGUAGGUGGCAUGGCAGCAAAACUGGAUCGAGCAAGUUGUAUAUUUCAUAUACCAGUUUUAAUUCAGCAUGGUCACGCUGAUUUAAUAACAAGUCAUAAAGCGAGUUUUAACUUUUCUACAAGGGGAAGAAAUAUUGAUUUUAAAAGUUGGGAUAACUGUUAUCACGAAUUACAUAGUGAACCUGAAAGAGAGGAAAUAUUUAAGUUUACACUUAAUUGGAUACGAGAGAAAGUUUUUCUGGAGAAUUUUUUUUAA